UUACUACCGCCCUCCUCUUAAGCUCAGAUGCGGUUUGUUUUCAUCGUUUUCAUCCCAAUUCAAUCGUCAAAACGGCACAAUACCAACACAAUUGGAUAUGUCUAUAGACAGCGGUUUUGGCUUGCAAUAAGCAUCCACAGUGCGCGAAUAGACGAAUAAACAUGUCCAAUAAUCAUCAGCUAUUCAACGUAUCAAAAGUAAAUGGGAAUGGAGAUAGUCAGCAAAACGAACAAUCACAGCCGAUGAUGGAUUUCGUCGGAAAAACUGCCGAUUGCAGGGAGCACAUGGUCAACAACAAGUUCAUGUCGGACGUUGUUUUCAUCGUGGGAGAAGAAAAGCAACGAAUUUAUGGUCACAAAAUGUUCCUGAUUACAGCUUCGAAAUACUUUUUCACCAUGUUCACCGGUGGAUUUAAGGAGUCUGGCGCGUCGGAGGUUACGCUGGAAGAUACGGAUCCGAUCAUCUUUUUGGAAAUCCUACGCUUCGUUUAUGCCCACAGAGUGACCAUUACGCUUGAAAACGUCCACGACAUUUGCGUUGUUUGUGAAAAGUACAUGUUCGUGGAUAUUUUGGAGCACGCUUCCAAGUUUUUGGUUAAAAGUAUCACCGAAGAAACUGUCUUAAAGAUAUUGAAACUAAAUCGACGGUUUUAUUUUGAGAAUGUUGAUGAGCGCUGUUUGGACGUAAUUACGGAAAACGCCAUGUUUUACUUUAAACAUGAAGAUAUUAGCUUGCUUGAUCGCGAUUCGUUGGAAUUGAUUGUCAGAGCAAAACGUAUUAACUGCUCAAAUGCUGAAAUAUUGAACAUGUUGAAUGAUUGGCAGGAAAGCGACGAGGUGGAUGUAGCUGAAAUGAAGGCUAAGCAGGUGGCUGAGUUGAAGACAGUUUUAGAUAAUACCCCUCGAUCGUUGCGGUGCAAUACAUUACGUGUUUUUGGAAACUUUAAUCGGGAGAAAAUCUGUAACUCUACAGCUAGAUGUAUUGGUUCAAACAUUACCUACAGAUUUACAGUAACAUCGAAAAAUCCAAUUUUUUUGGUCGGCAUCGGAGUGUACGUCGAAUUACCCCAAAAAAAGUUGAUCACUGCGAAUUUAGUAACUUAUAGGGCUAAGGUUGCUGACGUUCUCGGGUCCUGCGACUUUUCCGCAGAAGAUACAGCAACAAUCAACAUAGCUAAUAUAUAUUUCCCAAUAACUAAACUGGUUCCUCACCAACAUUAUGCAAUAUAUCUCGAAGGGUUGCAGAAUUAUUUUCAUUUAGAAAAACCGAUGAUUCAUCACGAGAGCAUUGUUCUAACUAUCGAUGAGGAAUAUUGUCCCAUUGCCUAUUUUCUCUAUUUGGAAAACGUUAAUAUGUGAUUUUGUCUCACAGUUAUCUUUAGUUCUAUCUGUAAAAAUCUAUAUGGUUUAUUCUUUAUACGGUUAUUGACAAUUAAUUAGAAGUUAUUUAGAAGUAAUGCGCUUUUUUUUCCUAACAGAUUUGAAAUAAGCUCAACAAUAUCUUGGGUUCUCAGCAAACACGGAGAAAUUGCUUGUUUUUUUACAUCGAAAAUAAAAUCAUUUCAAUUUGUAUUACAA